GCAGAGCCCACAGCUGUGGACAGCCGAUCUGCACUGAAUCCUGCAUCUGUCUCCGAACCCACGCAGCUUCACCCACCGGGGGGAUCCUGUGAUGACUCAAAGGUGAAAGCUCGGGGAUCCGUGCCACUCAUUCGUCAUCCGAAUCUAUCUGGUGGUAAUGGUGAACUAGUGAUUCCUGAGGACCUGAUUGAAGACUGGAUGUGGUUGUAACUAUGGUAACAUCAGGGUGGAGGGUGUGGGCCCUCUCCCCCUGUGGCCUUGUGCUGGUCAUCUUUUUAUCCAUGUGUCUGUCCCAGGAGCCUCACAUCAAACCUGCAGACUGCAGCAGAAAGGAGCAUCCUAUUGUUUCCUUCCAAGCUCUGAGGUCUUGGGUGUCUGAGUUCACACAUCCCGAAGUAAAGGACUUCUCCCAGCUUGCUAUGGACCUGAGAAGAAACCAGCUCAUUGUAGGAGCAAGAAAUUUCCUGUUCAGACUGAGUUUGAAUAACACCUCGCUCAUACAGGCAACCGAAUGGGCGUCCGAUGAAGACACAAAGCGUUCGUGUCAGAGCAAAGGCAAAUCUGAGGAUGAAUGCCAAAACUAUAUACGGGUUUUGCUGAUAAGCGGAAGGACACUCUUUACGUGUGGGACCAAUGCCUUCACCCCUGUCUGCAUAACCAGGCAGAUUUCUAACCUCAGUCAGGUGCUGGACACAGUGAACGGUGUCGCCCGAUGUCCCUAUGAUCCGCGCCACAACUCCACCGCCAUGAUCACAGAAAAGGGCGAAUUGUAUGCUGCCACGGUGAUUGAUUUCUCUGGACGUGACCCGGUCAUCUACAGGAGCCUGGGCAACAUGCCACCCCUGCGCACCGCCCAGUACAACUCCAAAUGGCUCAACGAGCCUCAUUUUGUGUCCGUUUACGAGAUCGGCCGUUUUGCGUACUUCUUCCUGAGAGAGACUGCUGUGGAAAAUGACUGUGGGAAGAUGGUGUUUUCUCGAGUGGCUCGGGUCUGUAAGAACGAUAUGGGCGGACGUUUUCUAUUGGAGGACACCUGGACCACCUUCAUGAAGGCUCGCCUCAACUGCUCACGCUCAGGAGAAAUCCCCUUUUACUACCACGAGCUGCAGAGCACCUUCUACUUACCCGAGCAAGACCUGAUUUAUGGCAUCUUUACCACUAAUGUGAACAGUAUAUCAGCUUCUGCUGUUUGUGCUUUCAAUCUGAGCUCCAUCACCCAAGCCUUCAACGGACCAUUUCGCUACCAGGAGAACCCCCGCACUGCGUGGCUGUCCACCCCAAACCCUAUUCCCAACUUUCAGUGUGGCACAUUAGAGGAGGGCGGCGCUGGGGGAAACCUGACAGAGCGCAGCCUCCAGGAUGCCCAGCGACUCUUCCUCAUGAACGACGUGGUCCAGCCAGUCACCGUCAACCCCCUGCUCACCCAGGACAACCUGCGCUUCUCCAAGCUGGUGGUGGAUAUCGUUCAGGGCCGACAGGCUCUCUACCAUGUCAUGUACAUCGGCACAGAAUACGGCACCAUUCUGAAGGCUCUGUCCACAACCAAUAAAAGCCUGCAUGGCUGCUACCUGGAGGAGCUCAGGAUCCUCCCUGAGGGGAAAGCGGGGCCGAUAAAGAGUCUGCAGAUCCUCCACAAUGACAGAUCGUUGUUUGUGGGGCUUGAUGACAGAUUGGUGAAGAUCCCAUUAGAGCGCUGCUCCAGCUAUCCAACUGAACGCUCCUGCAUGGAGGCUCGGGACCCUUACUGUGGCUGGGAUCAUCAACAGAAGCGGUGCACCACCAUCGAGGAGAGCUCCAACAUGAAUCAGUGGACGCAGAACAUCACUGAAUGCCCCGUGAGGAACAUGACUCAGGACGGUGGUUUUGGUCCUUGGACGCCUUGGCAGCCCUGUAACCACGAUGAUGGCGAGGGCUCGGUUAGCAGCUGUGUGUGCCGGUCACGCUUGUGCGAUGGACCGGUGGCCAGAUGUGGAGGGUUUGAAUGCAAGGGCCCCACAAUCCAGGUGUCAAACUGUUCAAGGAAUGGCGGCUGGACUCCCUGGUCUUCAUGGGGCCAGUGCAGCAGCAGCUGCGGUAUCGGAUUUGAAGUGAGGCAGCGCUCCUGCAACAACCCCGCACCUCGCCACGGCGGUCGCAUCUGUGUCGGCCAGGGACGAGAGGAGAGGCUUUGCAAUGAGAAAAAACCAUGUCCACUGCCUGUACUGUGGACUGCGUGGGGACCCUGGGCUCACUGCAGUGCUGAAUGUGGUGGGGGGGUUCACUCCAGGACCAGAACCUGCGAAAACGGAAACAGCUGUACUGGAUGCUCUACGGAGUAUAAGGCCUGCAACCUGGAGGCUUGCCCUGAAGUUCGUCGCAACACCCCGUGGACCCAGUGGAUGCCCGUCAAUGUAAGUCAAGACGGCUCACGGCAGGAGCAGAGAUUCAGGUACACCUGCCGGGCACUUCUGCCGGACCCCCAGCAGCUCCAGUUGGGCAGGAAGAAGGUGGAGACCCGUUUCUGCCCCAAUGACGGCUCUGGAGCUUGCCAGACUGACUCUUUGGUUGAAGACUUAGUGAAGACAAGUGUCCGAACUUCAUCCCAGCCACAAGGUGCCCGAUGGGGAUCCUGGGAAACGUGGUCCAGCUGUUCCCAGCAGUGCUCCAGAGGCUUUCGAACCCGGAAGCGUAGCUGCUUGACGGCAGAGGGCAGGAUCAACCCGAGCGCCUGUGUGGGAUCCCCGGUGGAGUAUCAGGACUGCAACACUCAACCCUGCCCAGUGAAUGGAGCCUGGUCCUGCUGGUCCGCUUGGUCCCAGUGCUCGUCCAGCUGUGGAGGAGGGCACUACCAGAGGACUCGGGCAUGCAGCAGCCCGCCCCCUGCCAACGGAGGAGAUAUCUGCAUAGGCCUGCAUACUGAAGAGGCCCUUUGUAACAUACACGCGUGUGAGGGUUCGGGUGAAUGGACGGAGUGGGGGGAUUGCGACGAGGAGGGCCUGCAGCAUCGCACUCGUCGCUGCGAUGAGAACCAAGAGGCUGAGGUCAGUCUCUGCCAGGGUAACGUCACCCAGUCUAGGCCAUGCCAGCCUCACGAGGUGCCAGUCAUUUUGCCCGGUCAGGAGGAUCAGAGCUGUGGAACUUUUACCUUGUUCCAGUUGGUGGCCGUGGGCUUAGCCAGUUUCUUUGCUGCAGCCCUCCUGUCAGCUCUGGCCUUCACGUACUGUCACCACCUAAACCGACCGUCGGCAGAGUCAGCGGUCAUCCACCCGAGCACACCCAACCACCUCACGUACAAUAAGCAGGGCAACGCCACGCCAAAGAAUGAGAAGUACAUCCCCAUGGAGUUUAAGAUGCUAAACAAGAACAACAUUCAUGUGAACGACGAGACGUGCAACCACUUCCCCUCCCCGGUGCCCUCCGGAAAUAUGUUCACCACCACCACCUACUACCCGUCCGGUUUGAGCAAGUACGACUUCCACCCAGACUCACCCUGCAGGACCUACAUGCACAGCUGAGAGGAGGCCAGGCUUCAGCGAACAAACGCGCCCACCAUGAGGUGUUUGUCAUUCAAAAAUUGGAGCAAAGUCUUAAAUAGUAUUAAAGUAAAUGCCAAAAUGAUUUCUUUUAGAGUUGUUAGUGAGAUAUUAAAGACUUCAGCCCAAACGUGAAGCUGUAUAAACAAUUUGGUUGUGCUGUCUGAAGCUUGCUUAUAAUUCCCAAACUAUACUGCAAACAGAUUUGCAAGGACUAUUUCUUCUCUUUAAAGCCGUUCGGUGUGUCACAGCUCAAAGUAGUGUUAUUGGUACUUUAUUAUAUUUUGUGCAUGUCAUCACUGACGAGUUGCUAGAGCAUUAAGAUGUAAAAGAUUUAGAGCAUAGGCUGCUCAAAUGGGAAGUUGUGCACCAUCUCCCUGUACAAUUCUCACUGGAAAGAAAAUGCUUGUCACCCAGAUUCCCCACAGUCAGUCAACCUAGACUGUGUGAAGAUAAAAUAUAAUUUAUUCAGCCCACAUUUGGGAAAUAAUGUGAAACAAAAUAAGGUAAAAUGCAGGAAAAAGUAAAGCAAAGGUGAACCCAAAUGAGAGAAAGUUCAUAUAUACAGAAGUGCUACUGGGAUCACUGUAGGAAUUUCUUCAAAUGUUUAUAUUUUGACAGCACUUUCAGCGUCCCACAAAAGCCGGCAGGCUAGUUGUUUCCUCCCAUCCUUCACCGUGUAGUUCCCUGUUUUGUUAGAGCCAGAAUGAGAGGUGACUGGUUUACUGAUCGGGGAGACAAUGAGCCAAUCACCAUUAAGGAGCUGCGGGUGGGCAGAUCAGUCCGGUCCUUGUUUCAGAUUUCGUGCAUGCAUCUGUUUGUGAGCCACGAACACAGAGACGCGGGAAACCAAGACAACUUUUACCUCCCAGAGGAGGACCUCUUUUCCAUUUUUUUUUUUUUUUUUUUUUUAAGGCUUGUUUGUUCUCUGAUGAAACCAUCUACAGGGAUCCCCUUCUUCUUACUUCACCCUCCCCGAAGUGCUCUGGUUGUGCUCAGGGCACCAGAAAGCAGAACCCAAACCUCCAGGGCUUGAACUCCACUGACAUUCUGUGUAACUGAAUCCACUGGACUCUGGAGAGACUCUUACACUGGUUACGAGGCAUUUAUGCAAUUUUGGCCAGUAUGUUCUACAGACGGCUCGGACACUAAGUUUGUAAAGACUGAUAUCUAUAAUUAAAAAAAAAAAUCAGAUAAAUGAAGUGAUGGAACAUCUCUACUCUGAAUAAAGUUAAGAAAUUAACAAGGACUGGCAGCUUAUUUGCUUUAAUUUUCAUACUUAGCUGGGUAAACAAUGGACUCGAAGAGGACAUUUUUUGACACACUCGCCUGCGUACUGUACAUUGGUAAAAAUGCAUGUUUGCCGACUUUUCUAAAAGCAGAUUAAAUGAAUUGUUUUAGGGGUGUCCAUGGAUUUCACUGUUUGUAUUGGUAUCUCUAUCUGCUGAUUGAGCUAUGUAAACAUGUGGGGCACACCAGCCCGUUUUUAUAAGGUUACUGUUCAAAAAUCACCAAAAACAAUACAGCUGUUCAUGUAUGUUUCAACAGAAUGUGAAUAAUUCAUUAGUCAGUCUUAGACUUUUCAAAUGAAUAUUAAUUUCAUGCAACAAACUUUUUUUGUGAUUAACUUGCUUAUGCUGGUUUCAAGUAUCUACAUUUUUUUUUUAUUUAAUAAUGUACUGAAGUGACUGGGAAACAAGUGCUGCUCCAGAACAGGAAAAACAAAAAGAUUUUGCUUUGUCAGAAAUGUUCUGCAUAUGUGUAAAAUGUUAUAAAAUGUGCUGAACACUGGUAUUUUCAAUUAAGAAAGACUAUAAGUGUUUUUCCCUGCAUAUCUUAAUUCAAGUCAUAAUGAGUAAAUCUUUAAGCAGCUGGAAAAAAAUGCAUUAAAUUAGAUUAUCUGGCUUUUUCAUAUUAUUAUGGCUACUUCACUCUCUUUCCACUGUCCCAAAAAAAUUCACGUGUCACUUUACAUUCACUGGCCACUUUGUUAGGUACACCUAUUUGACUGCUUGUCAAAACAGAUAUGUAAUCAACCAAUCAAAUGGCAGCAACUUCAUGCAUUUAGGCAUCAGGACUUCAGCAGGUUCAAACUGAGCAUCAGGAUGGGGAAGAAAGGUGAUUUAAGUACUUUGAAUGUGGCAUGGCUGAGUAUUUCAGGCACUGCUGAUCUUUUGGGAUUUUCCUACCAACCAACCGGUGACAGCAGAUGACUGCCCCUCCCUGAGCCUGAUUCUGUCACCAAGUGCUUGCUCAUAGGGGGUUGUUUUGACUGUUGGGUUUUAUCUGUAUUAUUGUAGGGUCUUUGUUGUGAUUUGGCGCUAUACUGUACAAAUAAAGCCAAAUUGAAUUGAAUUGACCAUCUCAAAGGUUCACAGAGAAAGGUCUGAAAAACAGACAAUAACCAGUGAGCUGCAGUUCUCUGGGUGAAUCUGCCUUGUUGAUGUCAGAGGUCAGAGGAGAAUGGCCAGACUGCUUCAAGCUGACAGGAAAGCAACAGUAACUGAACACUCAUUAUAACCAACUUAUGCAGAAGAGUAUCUUUGAAUGCACAAACCAUGAUACCUCAAAGCGGAUGGGCUACAGCAGCAGAAGACCACACUGGGUGCCACUCCUGUCAGCUAAGAACAUGAAACUGAGACUACAGGUCACACAGGCUCACCAAAAUUGUACAAUAGACGAUUGGAAAAACAUUGCCUGGUCUAAUAAAAUUCAAUUUCUACUGUGACUUUCAGAUGGUGGGAUCAGAAUUAUGCUUUUAUCAAAUGUUCAGGCAGGAGGUGGAAUGGUGCGAAGGAAAUUUCUUCAGCACACUUUGUUUGAAUGCCACAGCCUACCUGAGUAUUGUUGCUGACCAUGUCCAUCCCUUUAUGACCACCCAUCUUCUGAUGGCUGCUUCCAGCAGGAUAAUGCACCAUGUUACAAAGUUUAAAUCAUCUCAAAUUGGUUUUUUUGAACAUGAAAAUGAGUUCUCUGUACUCAAAUGGCCUCCACAGUCACCAGAUCUCAGUCUAACAGAGCACCUUUUUGAUGUCGUGGAACAGUAGUCACAUCAUGGAUGUGCAGCCGACAAAUCUGCAGCAACUGUGUGAUGCUGUCAUGUCAACAUGGACCAAAAUCUGUGAGGAAUGUUUCCAGCACCUUGUUGAAUCGGUGCCAUGAAGAAUUAAAGCAGCUCUGAACCCAAAAAAGGGUCUGAAACGGUACCAGCAAGGUGUACCUAAUGAAGUGGUCGGUGAGUGUAAAUGAUGUCAGUCUACAGUUUUUCUCCUGAAGGUGGUGGGACAUUACUUGGAGAGCAUUGCAGAUACUUGUAUAUGUUUGUAUGAUAAUAUGUUUGUCAGAUAUUUGUUAUUUCUUUAAACCAUGGGUAAUUUUCCAUACAACAUGCCAAUUUUGAUUCUGUUUUUUUAAUAAUAUAUAAUAUAAUGUAAUAAAAUUCCUGGGGAAAUUAUUAGCUUAAAUAAAUAGGGGGAUGUUUGGCAGGGUUGCUCAAUUAAGUUUCCUCUGUUAUUGGAAUCUAGUCUGCAAAAUCUAAUUGGUAAUACCAAAAACACUCUGCACCCUUAAUCCCAAAUCAUAACAAAUUUGAACUGAAUUGUGUAAUUUUUUUUUUAAUCAAAAAUCUUUGCUGUAAAGUCUGCAUACAGGGGCUUUAAAUAAUGCUGAACCAUUCAUGCAAGUACAGAUAUUUUCUUGUUAAAUCCAAGCUAUGUGUUGUUAAUGAUUAGAUAAUCUGCGCAGUAAAAUGUGUAUUGCAUAUUUUGUGUCUCUGAUUUGUAAAUACCAAGAAAUGGAUGCACCUGUUUCUUUUUUUUUUUUACAUUGCAUGAAACAAAAAAGCCCCAAUAGAUCAAUAUGUGUGUUUAUAUACUUGCAUUACAAGUUACUGCAUGUACUGACAUUCUUUCAUGAAUAUACAGUCCAUGUUUGUGUAAAGUGUACAUAUGUUUGUAUGUAUUUAACCAAGAAAAUGGAAAUGUCUUUUUAAAAUUUGGGGUGUUGCUACCCUGUAUGCGGCAGAAAAAGUUGUGUUUUUGUAUUUAAAGGCCGCUUUGGUGUCAAAUCGGAUCCACAUCGGACACAAUAUAUCCUCAUAUUUUAAGAAAGGACCCCGAAAUGGAUUUGUUUUGCUCCCAAAAACACUUAUGUUAAAUAUGAUUGAUGUGAGUUAACACUGCCUUAUGGACACUGUGAACUUUUGCUACUCUAUAUUUUUCUAUAAUGUACACUGUAAAAACAACAAGA